GACCAAAGGGAGUUAUCAGUUCCUGCUGGUGCACAGUUGAUGGGAUGAAGCUCAAGGGGGGAGCGGGUGGCUGGACUUGACGGCCAGCCAGCCAGGGAGGACCUGUUGCCUCUCCUCGACGCCUCUGCAGGGCUUGGGGUGGAGAGGCUCUGGAUGCUCCCAUCCUCCUUGGAGGUCGUCCUGCCUCCUUGGCCCUGCCCUCCCGUCCAAUAAGGAGAGGUUGCCUUGACACCUGCUUAUAUACCGAAGACGGCAGCAGCCUCCAAAUCUCCAGCGCUGGGUUGGGGGAAGAGGGGAGAAAAUACACACAUAAACACACACCCACACACUCCCCUCUCUCCAUACCUAUUUCAAGCCACAGACUUAGGGAGACAGUCGCCCCGUCGGGCAAGGAGGAGAAGGCUCCCGAGACGAUGACCUCCAGCAAAAUUGAGAUGCCAGGUGGGCUGAAGGCGGACCCGGCGGCUCUGAUGGCUUCUCUGCAUUUGCUCCCGUCUCCCACCCUCAACCUGGAGAUCAAGUACACCAAGAUUUUUAUCAACAACGAAUGGCAAAACUCAGAGAGUGGGAAAGUAUUCCCUGUGUCCAACCCUGCAACAGGAGAGCAGAUCUGUGAGGUGCAAGAGGCUGAGAAGCCUGACACAGACAAAGCCGUGAGGGCCGCUCGCCUCGCCUUCUCUCUGGGCUCCGUGUGGAGGAGGCUCGAUGCCUCGGAAAGGGGGCGCCUUUUGGACAAGCUGGCUGACCUGGUGGAAAGAGACAGAGCCUUACUGGCUACCAUGGAGUCACUGAACAGUGGGAAGCCCUUCCUGCAGGCUUUCUAUGUUGACCUUCAGGGUGUCAUCAAGACUUUGCGCUAUUAUGCUGGCUGGGCAGACAAAAUCCAUGGAGCGACCAUUCCUGUGGACGGAGAUUAUUUCACCUUUACAAGACAUGAGCCCAUCGGUGUGUGUGGACAGAUCAUCCCUUGGAAUUUCCCCCUGCUGAUGUUUGCGUGGAAGAUUGCACCUGCUCUCUGCUGCGGCAACACCAUCGUCAUCAAGCCGGCAGAGCAAACGCCGCUGACCGCGCUCCACAUGGGAGCCCUCAUCAAGGAGGUGAGCAGAGCAGCGGGGCUGGGUUUCCCACCCGGAGUGGUCAAUAUCGUGCCAGGAUUUGGACCCACCACCGGCGCAGCGAUUGCUUCUCACGUGGGGAUUGAUAAGAUUGCCUUCACUGGAUCCACCGAGGUUGGCAAGUUGAUCCAAGAAGCGGCUGGGAGGAGUAACUUAAAGAGGGUGACGCUGGAACUUGGGGGGAAGAGCCCCAAUAUUAUCUUUGCAGAUGCCGACUUGGAUUACGCAGUGGAGCAGGCACAUCAAGGGGUCUUUUUCAACCAAGGCCAGUGCUGCACCGCCGGCUCCCGGAUCUACGUGGAGGAGCCCAUCUACGAGGAGUUUGUUCGGAGGAGCGUUGAGCGCGCCAAGAGGAGGGUGGUGGGGAGUCCUUUUGACCCCACCACAGAACAAGGACCACAGAUUGAUAAGAAACAAUACAAUAAGAUCCUGGAACUGAUUCAGAGUGGCAUUGCUGAAGGCGCAAGGCUGGAAUGUGGAGGCAAAGGACUGGGAAGGAAGGGAUUCUUCAUUGAGCCCACGGUCUUCUCCAAUGUAACGGAUGAUAUGCGCAUUGCCAAGGAAGAGAUCUUUGGGCCUGUUCAAGAAAUCCUGCGGUUUAAAACCAUGGAUGAAGUCAUUGAAAGAGCCAACAAUUCAGACUUUGGACUGGUUGCUGCCGUCUUCACCAAUGACAUCAACAAGGCCUUGACCGUUUCCUCCGCAAUGCAAGCAGGAACUGUCUGGAUCAAUUGCUACAACGCCUUAAAUGCCCAGAGUCCUUUUGGAGGAUUCAAAAUGUCUGGCAAUGGGAGAGAGAUGGGAGAGUGUGGACUGCGAGAAUAUUCCGAAGUGAAGACUGUGACGAUAAAGGUUCCUCAGAAGAACUCGUAAGAAGACAAUGUGCCGAUCACUGCAGUACAUCAAGUGACCCUCUGUAUUCCUUUUAUGGGGACUAGCACUCAGGAAUUUUUAAAAAAACAACGACACGGAUUUCUUUUUUAAAUAGCAUUGCAACCAGGCUUGCCAUUAAGCUGGGUGGGUUUUCACCCCACUGUUGGCCACAAACCACUCGUUUAAUAUAGUACAGUUAGAAAACAUUCAGAAAUGUUCCCACUAUAGAAAUUGCAAGUAAACACACGCUAUCGUGUUCCUGAAAAGAACUGUUUUAAACUGACCUUCCCAACCAUCAUGUCCUUGAUUUGCUCCAUUCUUGUAUGACGUUGGCGCUGCAACUGGAUUCAUUGGGGGACCCAAAACUCAGCACCAGCCACUUACCAGAAACAUCAGCCCCAAGGCUGGAGGUGGGCAACUUAACUGGAGAUUGUAAUGUGCGUUCUUGAAAGCAUAAUCCUUUUCUCCUGAAGUGAGUUUGUAUUCCUCCUCAUUUCAGGGAAGCUUGCAGAAACACAGUGCUCCAACAGAUAAAACGAGGGUAGAGUUUUGGACUCUCUCUGUAGCUGCAGGUGUGUCUUCGUAAGGAAACCAUUUCCCUUUUGGAUCUGACAUAAAGCGCACUUGCAGUAUAGCCACCACCACCACCUCCCCCCCCCCCCAAAAAAGGCUGGUUGUGUUUACAAAUGCUCUUCUAGACAGAAAGGCAGGAGCUGAGUGAGAGGAAAGGGGCCACUUCAGCCACCUGCUCCCAGGUAGAGUUAUGAGGGAGCAGAUUCCUGGAACUGGACCCUCUUCAGCUGCAAGCUGGAUUUCUACCAUCAGUGUUGCAGCUGAUGAGGGGCAGCGAACGUGAGGAGGAAGAGCAUGCCUGGAACCCCAUGGCACAAUCUGCACAAAUGGAGCUGUGGGAAAAUGGAAAUGAGCCCAUUGCAUCCCUGGGGGCAGUUCCAAAUCCUGAGCAGAAUUUGAGGUUUCGAUGAUCAAAUCGGCAGGUUAACUGCAACCUCACAGCUCCCUCCAUUCAGAGCAGUGCUAAAUGGCUUUAGUGACAAGGGGCUGCUGUCAGCCAUGUUCUGCAUCAUUUUUGCCCCCCUUCAUCAUGCUUUGCCUAGCACCCCCAAAUCAGUGGCAGCAGCUGGGAGACAAACAUGGUGCCAUCACACCAUAUGAUAUGUUAAUGUGUGGGGAAAGGAGUCCCACUGCAUCCAAAAUGGCUGUUGCUGAUUUGGCCCCUGGAGCAAGGAGGAACCUCCCUCUGCAGUUCGUCUGUCUUUUUUCUGACUUUUUUGCAGGCAGGUCCUCAUUUCACGUAGGAAGGUGAAACAGUGGCAAGUGACCUGGGCUUUCUGUGACUUUCACUCUUGACUGAAGCCUUGCAAAAAAUAAAAAUAAAAAUGAUCCUUUGGCCGUGGUUCUGCAGAACAGUGGUCUGACUUGAGAAAUUGCAAAUUUUUGUUUAUUAUUAUUAAAGACCAACUUGCCAAAAAGAAAAGCUGAGUAAGGAGGAGGCAAUCCCUAGAUUUGUCAUGGCUACUCUUAACCAUACCAGUUCCAAGUACACUUGCCAGCCCUCCUCUCGUGAAGGAAGGACAUUCACUGCUGCUGCUCCUUCCAUAAUGGUAUUCAGCAGUUUGUGGCCGGCCUUUGAGAAGCACUCGAUUUAGGGCCAAGGGGGCGCAAAAUUGAGAAGAUCCAUUUGGGGGUGCCAAACUUUGGCCUCCCCCAGGGUGCCAUAUUACGAAAGAUGACUAAAGUCUGCCCCUGUUUUGAUUGUCACCUCCUUUGCAGCCGCAGCCUCUCAGUGCUACUUGAAUGAGAAAUCUACUUGUUUUUUAUUCCCCAAAACCAACAUUGCUCCUGUUGCAUAAGGAUAUAAAUGCAUGCAGAAGGGGACUGCUAGGUGAUGCUGCCAGGUGAGCAUUAGUGGCACCAGCCAAGGGUGUGGGUGCUGCAACAGCGUGGUUUCCCUCAAGGAGGCCAGAUCCACAUACAGAGGCCCACAAUGUCAUCACUUUCCCACUUUUUCUAAUGGUUCCACUCCGUUCAUCUAUUUGUGCUUCUGGCUGCCAA